ACCCCGCCACGUGCACAAUAUUCCCCAUAUCAAUUCAUUCAUACCCCACGCCUUCCCAAAAUCAGUCCUCGUCUUCCUCCUCUCACAGCUGGUUGUAAACCUCGAUCAGUGAUUAGAGAUACAGCAAUGGCGGACAAGCCAAGCCGAGCUGUGGUUUUGUACGGAGAUGGGUUGGUCCGUUUCGUCGACCCAUCACACAUCCAUCUCCACUCUCUCGCUUCUAAAGCUUCCUGUGGCUUCUUGAGCCUCCCCAUUGCCCCUCCCUCAGAAAGCGAGGAUGAGAGAAUAGUUAGAGAGUUUGCAUUACUGCUGGAUGCAUAUGAAGCUUACCAUGAUACAGUGAGAUCCACAUCUUUGGUUACCAUAUCAGAAAGGUUCAUGGGGAUGAAAGCUGCGAUAUUUACAAACAAUGCAAGUUUGAAAUCUUUUGGUACCAAACUUGGUUUCAGCGUGUUCCAAAUCGAUGCUCUUUAUGGUACUAACCCGCCAGUUGAUUUUGGGGCAUCUGAGUUACUUAAGUUGCUUGGGUUUCAAGUAGGGAAGACAGUGGAGACGAGCCAGUACGAUUUAGUUUUUGUGCAUGUUGGGGCUGGUGAGGUGAAUGUUGAAAAAGACAAGGCUACUGAUGAUAUGGGAUAUCUCAAUGCUUUGGUUGGUGCUAUAACGCAAAUAGCCCAACCUGGAUCUGAAAUUGGUGCCCGUUUGCACUUGUCUGUUGUGACGAGCUAUGGGAAGGUCUCAGAAGAGGAUGAUCCCAACUUGUCAGUCUCAUUUAGAAAAGAUGAUGAAAAAUCUGAUCUUUCAAAGCUUGUUCCUCGUCAAAGUUACACCAUGAAAGGAUCUCAACCACGAAAGGAUGUUAGGCACCAUUGCCCAAUGUUAAUUGCUCAGUGGCAAUAUGCAGUAACUCGCAAGGAUAUGGCUGAGACAUUCUCAUUUAAGGAUUUCAAAGAGUACGGUGGAAAUCUUGUGAUACCAGCAGAUAGGUUUCUGCACGAAGUGGCCUUCAAGCUUUGGAAGGCCCCGAAAUAUGGAGCUUGAGAAGGCAAGUUUAUACAAGACUCUGUAAGCAAGGAAGCUAAACCUGAGGGGCAGAGCAUCCCGUUGCUUAUCUAAAAUGUUUUCCUAAGCAUUUCUCAACUUUAACUUGCCUUACCGGACCCUACAUGUAAUAAGAUUAAUCUGUAUGUGACCUCAAACACCGCCCGUGUUGGGCAUUCCCCACUGCAAAUUGGGGAUAGAAAAUUUUGUUCAUUUUGAUAUUUAAUGAUAACUCUGGAAAUUAGAGAAUUCCAUCUGCCGAAUAGGCCAGUUAUGAACACUCAA